UCAGACCAGUCGAUGACAGAAUGGGCAGGCGUUUAAUCGAGCACCGACGUAAUGGCGGGGAGAAAUGACCUCUGGUUUAACUAGUUCACAUUAACUUUACUACCUCUAAGUCAGUUUUUAUUGUCGCUAAGUUGGGCAAGGUAAGGCAGUCGGAGGCACCGUUGAUACAGAGUUAUAAUUAGGUUAAAAAUGCUGAGGUAUUCAACCGGAAGACAGAUCUUAUUUGGGCUUCCAGUGUGGAGAUGUGUCCAGCAGAAAACCAGGCCACCUAACUACACAACAGGAGCCCAGCUGCUGUUUCAUUCUCAAGCCUCCUCUGUGUUUAUGCCACUCAGACCAUCAUCCAGCAGCAGAUGUCGGAGCAUCAGGCCUGUGAGCUGGAUGGCCUCACGUCUGUGUCACAGGGAUUCAAGAGACACCUCAGAGAAGGAGGACGGCAGCAAAGGCUUCAGCAUGAGGGCCCUCACUCAGACACCCAAACCUGCUCUCUACCUCGGAUUCUCCGGCCUCAUCCCAUUUCUCUCUGCCCCACUGUUAAUGGCUGCCACCCAGUCCUUCUACCCUGAAGUAGCCUAUGCCCAGAUGGUGUACGGAGCCUCUAUAGUGUCCUUCCUUGGAGGUGCCCGCUGGGGAUUUGCCAUCCCCACUGGUAGCCCUGCCAAGCCAGACUGGAUGAACUUGGGCAACAGUGUGGUGCCGUCACUCUUAGCUUGGUUGGCGCUGCUCUGCAGGGACAAUAUUACAGAAGGAGCCAUAGUGGUUAUAAUGGGACUGGGUCUGUCUCUGCAUUAUGACCUGACCUUGCUGCCAGGCUACCCCACCUGGUUCAGAGCCAUGAGGACUGUCCUCACUCUGGUCGCCACCUUCUCACUGGUUGCAACACUGAUACUCAAAAAAGUCUGUGUAGAGAGAAAACUCAAAGAGAUGGAGAAGUGAGUUAUUGGAGCUGUUUUGGAGUUAACACAUCAAAUUAAAAAAUACUUCCAGAAAGCA